AUGGAAUUGUUCAACACAAACAGCACUGUUUUUUUCAUCAGUAGUCGUGUGCAUCCUGGAGAAACGCCAGCCAGUCAUGUGUUCAAUGGAGCUCUUGAGUUCUUACUACGACCUACAGAUCCUCGAGCCAAGAUGCUGCGGCGUUGCUUUGUCUUCAAGAUGAUUCCUAUGCUGAACCCGGAUGGAGUGUUUAAUGGCCAUUACCGUACUGACACGCGUGGCGUUAACCUAAACAGAGUCUACUUGCGACCUGAUUUUAUAUUUUAUCCAUCUGUAUACGCCGCUAAAGCAGUGCUUGUUUACCACCACACUAACUAUGCAACACAAAUACCCUACGCUGCUUCAGUUUAUAAUUUCGACGCUCGUGAUGACUCGGAGGAAAGCCUCUAUCAUAAUACUGGUUACCAAACUACACCAAGUGAAUCCUCUGCCUUCCAAGGCUUGAAUGAAGUGGUCCUAUUUCCCGAUACAAUAGAUCAUAAUGUAAUGGUAGAAGAUUGUAAAAUGAGCUAUUCACCCAAUCCCUCUUGCACGUAUGACAUCACCCGUGGGUAUACUGGUGAGAUGGUGGAAAUGAUGAAGCAUAUCUCACAAAUUUCGUCUCAAGACGGCCCCAACAAGGAGCUAACUGAUAUAACUCCACCCAACACCAGGAUUGAUUCCAGGACAGGGAGGUCUUUUAUCUUCUGA